UGACAGCAGCUUUACGCACGAUGACUGGCCGGUGGCGAUGACAGCAAAGAUUUGUUGCUCUGGUUGUAUUCUGCGGAAGAAAGUGUCCUAAUAGUCUGAUUGCUCUCUUGAGGAGAUCGCCUGAUUGUCAGUCAUAUUCCAUUUAACGCGUGCAAUCGUGCAGUGGAGCCACAGUGCACGGCAAUCCAAGAAGUACGGCUGCUUUCUGGAGGAGCUUCAGGUGACUGAGAAAGAAAUCAACCCAAAGAGCAAAAUCAACAUUUUGUCCACAUGGCUGAGCCCAACUUCCCUCCACUGCCUAAAUUCAUCCCACUGAAGCCAUGCUUCUACCAGGACUUUGAAGAGAUCCCUGAGCAGCACCGCAGCAUGUGCAAGAAAAUGUACAAUCUGUGGAUAUUGAACAGUGCUACACUUGCGGUGAAUCUGAUUGGCUGCUUUGCGUGGAUGUUUGGUGGUGGUGGUGUGACCAACUUUGGCCUGGCUAUCAUCUGGCUGCUCAUGUUCACUCCCUGCUCUUAUGUCUGUUGGUUCAGGCCAAUCUACAAGGCCUUCAAGAGUGACAGCUCCUUCAACUUCAUGGCAUUCUUUUUUGUGUUCAUGGCCCAAGUUGGCAUCAGCAUCAUCCAAAGCAUAGGCAUCCCUGGAUGGGGAGUAUGUGGCUGGCUGGCUACCAUCUCCUUCUUCAGCUAUAACAUUUUGAUAGCUUUGAUCAUGUUGGUCCCAACAAUCAUGUUCACUGCUGUGGCCUCCUUGUCCUUCAUUGCCCUCACUAAGAUCCAUAAUUUCUACCGGGGCAGUGGUGGCAGCAUGUCCAAAGCCCAGGAGGAAUGGGCCACGGGAGCCUGGAAGAACCCUCAUGUCCAGGCAGCAGCCCAGCAAGCCGCCAUGGGAGCUGCUACCGGAGCCAUGCAGGAUCAGUACUCCAGCCCACAAUACAACCCAAACCAGAUGUAGCCUCCAAGAGAGAGGGAGAGAGAGGGAGAGAGAGAGAGAUAGAGAGAGAGAGAGGUGUUGAAGAAAUGAGGGAAAAGGUACAUGCCAAAGCGUGAGCAGAGGGGUUCAGAGCUCAUCAUCUCCCACAAAAAUUCAGAAAUUUGAAACUUCCGGUGGUGUGAUAUCUAUUGAUGUCUAACUACAGUUUUAGCACCUGGGUAUUUUAGCUGUCAGUUCAGUAAGACACACCUUGGCUAAACUGCUGUUACAAAGCAGUCUUUUUCAGUAAAUUGAUCAUUGGACAAAAAACAAUAUUUGUGGGAUGCUGGUGUUCGCCUUCCUUAUGUUAGAGAGCAUGCUACUUUUUGUAGUAUUUUAUAUAAUUUCUGUCUGGUAAGUUGAAUGAAACUCUAGUGUUGGAUGUAUGUUAUUUCAGUGGCUCCAUUAUGAGAGCUGUGUGCUGAUUUAGUGUUUAUGUUGAUGAUUAACUCCAUUUCAAAUAGUUUCUGCUACAGAAAGAAAGAAUAGACAAACUAAUACAUUGUAACUUUUACCGUAACUGUUUUCUGGGUUAAAAAAUAGUAUUCAUUUAUAUAAAUUCUGUAUCAAUGCACUGUAGCAUGGGUUACCAUGAGUUUUUAUGUCAUGUUUAAUUUAGUUUAACUUUUAUUUCAAAUGAAAUUCUCAGGUAAACCAAAUAUGUGACAAGACUGGUUGCAAUUUCUGCCCUUUUCCCUAUCUAAUUGCAUUUAGAAUUAAACUAUGUGACUUCCAUGUUCAUUACAUUUCUAUGCAAUGUAUCACUUGUUGCACUUUAGUGUUGUGAUAUCAAGUGGAAUUCUCUGUACUGCAGUAAGAAGUUUGACACAAAAUUUAAAUACAAGUAGAAAAUCUCAAUUUUGGACAAUUUUUACUCUGAGCUGUUCCUCUCUCUGUGUUUAGCCUGAAUCAGAUUUUAUGUGUGUAACAUACGGAUUAAAUCAGGGUUUGUUUUUUGUACACCCCAAACUAAAUGAACUUCAUUAACAGGAUACACUAGAUAGAGAAAUAAGUUAUAUCAAACAACAGAAUUCAUCUGUCUGAUGCCAUCAAUAAUCUCAGGAGGUUCUAGUUUGUUUAUGUGUGUAAGAAUUUUGUAUACUGAAUGUCAUUUUAGCAUAUUCCCUUUUAUAAAAUUUUCUGUCAAAUGUAGACAGUAGCAGACAACUCUCAUGCAGUAUGGCUAUUUGACCACAGAGAGGCGCUGACGGUUUAAUAUGAAAUAAAAAGUUCCCACAUUUACA